GCAGUGAAGUGCCACAACUGUUUGGAAGCAAUUACACCCAGCGAGUUUGUUAUGCGAGCUCAGAAAAGUGUGUACCACGUGGGCUGCUUCUGCUGUUGUGUCUGUGAGAAACAGCUUCAGAAGGGAGAUGAAUUUGUCCUUAAGGAUGGCCAGCUACUGUGCAGGAACGACUAUGAGAAGGAACGUGAAAGGCUCAGCAUCGGGAGUCCAGCCCCAUCAGAUUCUGGCAAAAGUGAUGAUGAAGCAAGCUUGUGCAAAAUAGAAGACAUUGGGAAAGCGUCUGAAGAGAUCAGGGAUCUUAAACGACCUAAGCGGCCCCGGACCAUCCUAACAACGCAGCAGCGCCGAGCAUUCAAAGCAUCAUUUGAAGUAUCUUCUAAGCCAUGUAGGAAGGUAAGAGAAACAUUAGCAGCUGAGACGGGUCUUAGUGUCCGAGUGGUACAGGUCUGGUUCCAGAAUCAAAGAGCUAAGAUGAAGAAACUAGCAAGGCGACAACAACAGCAACAGCAAGAUCAGCAAAACACACAAAGAUUCACUGCAGCUCAGACAAACAGUAACAACAGCACUAGCUUUGAAGGAAUCAUGAACUCAUACACAACCUUGCAACCAGCCUCACAACAAAUGUUGGUUAUCGAUCAUAGUGUCUACAACUCAGACUCCUUCCAGCAAGGACUUACUCCCCCACAGAUGCCAGGGGACCACAUGCACCCUUAUGGUUCUGAGCCCAUUUUCUUUGAAAUGGAUAGUGAUGAUACCUCCUUCAGCAACCAGGGCAACUGUUUCUUAGCAGCUACGGAACCUGGGUCCUUACAAUCAAGAGUGGGCAAUCCCAUUGACAACCUGUACUCAAUGCAUAGCUCCUAUUUCACAUCAUGA